CCCCAACAAUAUGAUUUAGCAGUUUUAUCCCGAUGCGGGUGUCCUUCCUCUCUGUAAAGUCGUAAGUACCUUGAGGUGGGAGGAGUAAAUUCAGCCUGACACUGAGAGCGCUUUUGUUGAAACAGGAGAGACUUGCGGUGUCCCUACUUAAAUAUGACACAUGACGAUGGACAGGCCGCCCGCGCCGCCGCCCCCCAGUGACCCCCGCGAUGCCCGCCCCCCCCGGCGGCACGAGUCGGAAGCGGAAAACACGAGCGAGCCGGAGAGCAGCCGCGGGGGGAUGGAGGCGCCCGGAGACCCCCAGCUGCUGCUCAACGGGGCCGCCAAGGAGGCGGGCCGGCCCUCCCCCGGGCCCCCCGCCGCCGCCGUGCCCGUCAUCGAGCUCGUGCGCCGGGGGGGCUCCCUGGACAUAAAAGGGCGCGAGGCGGCGGGGGAGGCGAUGCAGAGAGCGCCGGGCGCCGAGCCGUGCCGCGCCGCCGAGGCCGCGUGCGAGGCGCGCAUGGUGCAGCUGAGCCCCCCCGCGCUGCCGCUGCAGCCCCCCGGCAGGGCCAUGCUCUACAACCUGGGCCAGCCGCUCGCCACCAUCAACAGCGGUUUCUUCGGGGAGCCCGACUCGUUCUCCGUGUACGGCGGCAACCGCGUCAAGAGGAGACCGUCCCCGUACGAGAUGGAGAUCACGGACGGUCCUCAUACAAAAGUGGUUCGGCGCAUUUUUACCAAUAGCCGGGAGAGGUGGAGACAGCAGAACGUCAAUGGAGCCUUUGCAGAGCUUCGCAAGCUCAUCCCAACUCACCCACCCGACAAGAAACUGAGCAAGAAUGAGAUUUUACGCCUGGCUAUGAAAUACAUCAACUUCCUGGCCAAGCUGCUCAAUGACCAGGAGGAAGAAGGAAACCAAAGGGGCAAGGUGAACAAAGACUCUGGGAUGGUCCAGGAAGACCUCCUGCAGGACAUGUUGUCUCCUAACUCUAGCUGUGGAAGUUCUUUAGAUGGAGCAGCAAGCCCAGACAGCUUCACAGAAGAACAUGAAACACUAGAUUCAAAGCACACACGAAGUCUGCAUCACUCUAUUCUUCCUGUAGAAGGCAACGCGCAGCGAUGAUGACCUUCCAAGCCGCUCCUGAAGCACGAGGGGAAAAGGAAGACCUAAGAAUGUGGAUACUGGAAUUUGUACUCUUGGAAUUUCUGACUCUGCAUUUACGGAAGGCCUUGGGGACUUGGGCUCCAAGUUCUCACAGCCUCAGGACUGAGAGGACAGUGAGCUAGCUGAGAACAAGACCAAAACAGAUUGACGUUCAACAUUUAGGUACGUGAUCGUACAAAGAAGAAAAGCAUUGAAGUCAUCUUCAUUGUACAUAUUGCUCAUAAUAUGACUCUGAGAAGGGGAACAAAACCUGGCUGACACCUCUCCAGCAUUUAGAGAGUUUUCAGACCAUUUGACAACUGUCACUUUUUAAACAGAAUAGUCACCCAGCUGAGACAUAUAACUCAUUCACUCCUCUUUCACUGCCAGCUGAGGCCACCUAUGCUUUCCAAUGGCACGUGGCACUGCAGACUGCUGAGAUCUGACAGGACAAGAGCAUUUCUCCAUCCUGUGGCAAAGAAGUACAUGCAACUUGACUGAGCAGAAGGUGUUCGUGUUGACUGUACCUUUCUAAAGAGGUGAAAAAUGCCCUCAGCAAAAAGAAUAUUAAAAGGAUUAAGACUUUUUUUU